AUGGUUGAUUGGGCGACCAUUUUAUUGGCAACAAUUUUGGCAGCCUUCACGCCGGGCGCCGACAAAGCAACGAGAUUUAAUUUCUGCCCUGUUGCUCUACAACUUGUCAUUUUUGGUCCUAACCAAUCUCGGCACCUUACUACUUUCCACACGUCUCCUUCUCGACUUCUUCGACCACCAACACCCACUACUACCAACCGCGUCUCUGCUUCUCUCGAGCGUCCUUGCGAAUUUCCUUUUGACAUCCAUCCCGAGCGCGUUUUUCCGAUUGUCAACACAGUUCCGGCCGCAGAGGCAAACAAACACAUACAAAAUGGGCGAAUCCAGGUGGGCAAAGCUUCCAUCCUCUUCCAUCGCGGUGCUACAUCCGGCAGCAUCUUGGACGUUUGCGCAUCGCAACUGUUGGCUGACACGGCAUGGAUUUCCAGACAAGAACUCAUCCAGUGGCUGAACCAGCUUCUCUCUCUCAACAUCACAAAGGUCGAGCAAUGCGGUACCGGUGCAGCUCUCUGCCAGGUGUUUGACAGCAUCUUCAUGGAUAUUCCCAUGUCUAGAGUCAAGUUCAACGUCAACAGCGAAUAUGCAUACAUUCAGAAUUUCAAGGUGCUGCAGAACUGCUUCCACAAGCACCAGGUCGACAAGCCCAUCCCCGUCGAAGCGUUGGUCAAGUGCAAGAUGCAGGACAACCUCGAGUUCCUGCAAUGGACCAAGAAGUUCUGGGACCUGAACUUCCCCGAUCACGAGUACGACGCAGUCUCCCGGCGAAAGGGCGCCCCCGUGCCCUCUGGCGGUGGCCCUGCUCCCCGUGCCGCGUCCGGUACCGGUGCGGCUGCCGCCAGACGGGGCGGUACCACACCCCUCGGCGGUGCACGCGUUCCCAAGGCGGCAGGCCCCGGCACAGCUGCCCUGCAGCAAGAGAACGCCACUCUCAAGGAGACGGUCGUCGGCCUCGAGCGCGAGCGUGACUUCUACUUCAGCAAGCUCCGCGAUAUCGAGCUCUUGGUGCAGCAGGCCGUGGAGGAGGACCCUGAGCUUGAGAAGCAGGAGGACGGCCUCGUCAAGCAAAUCCAGACUAUCCUGUACUCGACGGAGGAGGGAUUCGAGAUCCCGGCUGAGGGCGAGGCUGUCGACGACCAGGAGACCUUCUAA